AGAUUCACGCGAGAUUUAAAACGGCGGAAACUUUUUGAACGGAAAUCUAUUUUUCCUGCUUAUUUUCUUAUUACAUGUAUACAUUACUUGGAUGAUAUCGAUAGAAGAUGGUGAAACAAACGCUGAAAGACAUUUUCACAGAAUGCCAAAGAGGGCUCCAGAGUCAUGGAAAACUCAUCAAGUCUCUUAAAAAAAUAUAUGAUUCUAUGAACCUUGAUGAUUUUUGGAAUGAAUUCCAAGGACUUUUAAAAUACUCUAUGAUAGUAUUUAAACGGGAGCCAGCAGUAGAACGCACAUUGGACUUCGUUGCUAAAUUUACAACGUCUCUCUCGGUGCAAGCAAAGGAGAAUGAAAAACCAGAGGAGGCAAAGGAAGGCGAAGAGCAGUCUUUGGCAGAAGAGAUGGAAGAGGAAAACAAACUCCUCUUGAAGUUGUUUGGGUUUCUGUUAGAGUCCCACAAUGCAAGAGAUCGAGCUGUUCGAUUCCGAUGUUGUCAGAUGAUAAACAAACUACUGAACAACUUAGGUGAGAAUGCUCAGAUUGACGAUGACCUUUAUGAUAAAGUAUAUGAGAGUAUGUUGAGGAGGUUACGGGACAAGUUUCCCAUAGUUCGUGUACAAGCUGUCACUGCUCUAGCCAGGCUGCAGGACCCACAAGACAAAGAUUGCCCAGUCAUAGAAGCCUAUUUGUUCCUGCUGGGCUCAGAUCCAAAUCCUGAUGUAAGACGUGCAGUUCUUUCAUACAUUGCAUGCUCCACUAAGACACUUCCUGCCAUCUUGGAACGUACACGUGAUGCCAAGGAAUCUGUAAGGAAGCUGGCCUACCAAGUGAUUGCAGAGAAGGUUCACAUCAAAGCCCUGACUAUAGCUCAGAGGGUUCGAUUGCUUCAAGAUGGAUUAAAUGACCGCACAGACUUGGUAAAGGAUGCCUGCAAAGGAAAACUGCUGCAGUCUUGGCUCAGGGUGUGGGGAGGAAAUGUCCUUGACCUCCUCAAAUGCUUGGAUGUUGAGAAUUCCAUGGAAACCUGUCAGAUUGCACUGAAAGCUCUGUUUGAGAAAAUACCUGUUGAAGAGCUUGUUCAGAACUUUGAUCUCGUUAAUGAACAGAGUGUGCUCGAGUUUAAGAAACUGUCCCCUGAAUCUGUACUAUAUUGGAGAUGUCUGUGUGAACACAUUAAAUCACUUGGAGAUUCAGCAGAAGAGCAACUAGACAAGAUCCUACCCAAUGGCACUGCAUUUUGUAGCUACAUAGAAAGUGUUAGAAGUACAAUGAAAGAGAACAUAAGCAGUAACACUGAUGAGAAUAUGGACCAGGAGUUGAUCAAUGAAUACAUUCUUCACCAGCUUCUUACACUGGCUGGAGUGCUCGAUCUAUCAGAUGAGGUUGGAAGAAAAAGUCUCAACAAAUUGAUCAGAGAAAUGUUGGUGUGUACUACAACCAGUCAUACCCUUGUUGAACCAUUGAUCUUACGCCUACAUACCAUUCACCCAGAUGAUAAUCUUCGAAUCAGUAAUCUUGUGGAGGUGAUCUCUGAGAUCAGACAACCUAUAACUACUAUAGAGGACUCUAUGUCUGCUGAUGAACAAAGGAAACUUGAUCUAAAGCUUGCUGGUGUAAGAGUGGAGUUGAACCAACUACGUGAGGAACUGGAUGACUGUAUAAAGAACCAGGAGUUUGGCAAGGCAGCUGAGAUUAAGGCCAGAAUAACUGAACUAGAUGCAUCUAAGGCUUCCAUCUUGGAUGAGGGGGUACCAAAGACACAGGAGAUCAGGGAGGAAAAGAAUGACCCUGGUACUCUGCUAAAGUGUCUUACAAUCACAACAUGCAUGUUACAAGAUGUCUCCAUGAAGUCCCUUUCACCAACACUGCAGACUUUGAUGGAAACACUGAUUCUGCCAUGUAUACCAAAUGAGGACCCUGCUGUGCGUAACCAGGCUGUGAAGGCACUUGGUCUCUCUUGUCUACUGAGCAAAGACACUGCAAGGGCCCAUUUGCUACUCUUCAUGCAGAUUUCGCGUGUUGAUGCCUGUGAGGUUCAGAUCACUGCCUUACAUGUUAUAUUUGACCUGCUUCACACAUUUGGCAUGGAAUCAUUUGAUGUUGAUGAGGAUGAAGAGGAAAAUGCAGAAGAUGUGGAACUCCCAAAAGAAGAAGCUGAUGAAAGGUCUGAGGUGGAGAGUACAACGUCAUCAACUGAGAAAAUGCAUGCUGGCAAGACCACCAAGAGCAUAUUGUCUAUCCUGAUUGGGCUGCUGGAUGAGGAGGGAACUGAGAUUCGUACUGCAGCAGCUGAGGGUCUCGCAAAGCUCCUACUUAGUGGUAGAGUUCUUUCCAGUAAGCUCUUGUCCCGCUUGAUACUGCUCUGGUACAACCCAGUUACUGAAGGAGACUCCCACCUGAGACAUUGCCUGGGAGCAUUCUUCCCUAUGUUUGCAUUUGCUGGAAGAUCUAACCAAGAACUGGUUGCUGAGUGUUUCACGCCAACUCUCAGGACACUGUUCAAUGCCCCUGCCACAAGUCCCCUAGCAGAAGUUAAUGUCAACAAUGUCUCUGAGCUACUUGUCCAGCUGACCAGUGCUAAACAUCUUAUGAACAAUAACAACUCAGCUCUCCUUCAGGAGACAUCUCUUCAUGAUGACAUUGCCAUUAGAGUUUGCAAUGAUAUCCUUGAAGAGCCCAACUCGUUCAAUGUUCGCAAUCUAUGCAAAAUCCUCAACAGUUUAGAGCUGACACCAACCAAUGCUACAAAUAACAAAGACCUGAAAGUGCUUGCUGAUCAGAUGGUGGCGGAGGUGAAAGAUAAGCAGUGCGCCAAGACCCUUGAGAAGUUCCAGAAAUCUUUAACUGACAUGAUUUCUUUAAAUGAGUCCCAAAUUGAGAGGUCUGUCCAAGAAGUCAACAAAGAUAAACAGGUGGAAAGUGUAACCACUAAUCAAGAUGAGGAACCUGAAGCAGAGAGAAAUGAAGCUGCAGAAGAUAAAGACAAUCAGAAGAAGGAUGCAGAAGAAGAUCAGUCCACUGGAACGCAAGUUGAAGCUAAAUCCGUGGAGGAAGGUGAAACUGAACCAGAUGAGGGUGUUCCAACUGCAGUUGAAGCUUCGAAGGACGAUGCAACUGAACCUGUGGAAGUUGAAAAAGAUGCCCCACUUGAAAGUAGUCAAGAGAGUGACACUUAUAAGACCGCUGAUGAUGGGAAUGAUUCAAGUUCCUCAGAAAGUCCUGCCAGGAAAACAGCAAGGAAGACACCCUCUAGGAAAGGUAAAGGUGAACCAGAGACAGCCACUCCAGGCAGUGUUACAAGGAGAUCCAGUAGACUCUCAAAGUCCAACACACCAGCCCCCUCCCCUGUAUCAACAUCCACAAUAGCCACUUUAUCUUCCCAAAAAACAGGCUCCAAACUCAAAACAAAUGCUGAUUCCAAAACAAAAAAAGUCCCACCCAAAAAUGAUUCUAAAUCAACUCCUAAAGGGAAUACUAAAGCUGCAGCCAAACCUACUGUUCCUAAGACCGGUCCCAAAGCUGCAGUUAGGUCUAGCACAACGGGAGCUGCAAAAUCUGCCCCUGCACCAGUCUCAAAGGCUGCCAAUAAGCCUGCACCUGAGCUGGAAGAAGGAGAAAGUGACAGUGAAGAUGUGUUUUCUCCAACAACCGUAACACCCCUUAGGCGCUCCAGCAGAAAGCG